GCUGGCCGCUGACGGCCUGGCGGAGUGCGGAGUCCGCGUUGUUUGGCCAUCACUCCCGAAAAUGGCGGCCGUGCUGGACGAGGUCGGCAAGUCCGCCGAGAAACUCGUGGACGAGGAGAAGGACGAGAUUGUCGACGGGGAGGACAAGACCGGGGCAGCAGAGGCCUCGAAGAAGAAGAAGAAGAAGAAAAAGAAGAAGAAGGCCGGUGCUGGAGAAGCUAGUGCAGAUGUGCCAGAAGGAGAAGAAGAGAAGGCUAAGGAUGACGACGCAGUGGCCGAAG